UUGUGUGAUGUUAGACGCGUCGUCCAUUGAGGAGGGCAGAGGACAAGGGCUGUUGCAAGUGUCGCUCUAGGCUGAGCAGGGAUCACGGUUUAGAUAGAACAUGCCUCGGCAGUUAAGUACCUCACUGUCUGAUUUGAUGCUGGCUAUAUCAGCCUUCUAUGUAUCACACUACUGGUACGGACGUAACUACAACUAUGCAGCAUUUGGUAUGUUCAUACAAGCUUGUGCAGCGUCAAUGGGGAUUUUUCGUUUUGCUAUGGAAGAACCACAAGGAACGCUAAUUUAUAAGGCUCACAAAUUAUUGUCCUGGUCUGCUGGUGCUGUGGGCGUCCCCAUGAUCGCACUCAUGUUUUGUAAUCGAUAUGGAUCAUCAGCACUCGCCAAUAAGAUUUCCAUAUUUGUUGUGUGUAUCCUGCUAGUGGUCAGUUUCCUUCCUCCCAAGAACCGAGAACUUUGCUCACAAGCUGUUUCUGGAUUUUCUAUCCUCACCAUGGCCACCCUGUGUACGUUGAACAAAAACUGGUUUGGGUUUGGAGCAUGUUUUGUGUAUGCAGCAGCUGGCAUUCUCUUUGGUUCUGACGGGACAUUGUUGGACAUUCCAAAAGUAGACUUCCUUCACUAUUUUCUAAUUGUAGGUAAUACAAUGUUUAAAUUGGCUCUUUAGUGAAAAAAUACAAUUUUGAAAACCA